CGUUUUGGUAAAGCAUUGGCAAAAUUGGCACCGUACAAAGUUGUAGUUUAGUACUUUACGUUUGACCGGUUGUAUUUAAAAAAUAAUUAAUGUUAUCUGUUUUUUUUAGUAUUGUACAAUUUAGUAACAAAUGAAGUAAUUUUAUUUGAGCAUGAGACGUUGAAAAUUAUAUUUAAGACUAUUAUUUGUAUAAGGAAAAGUGUAUUUCAAAAAAGUAAACCGGUUUUCAACUUGAAGAAGACUGUGCCAGCGCGAAGGAUAAUAUUUUUAGUGUAAUAUUAAAACUAACAAUGUGGAAGUUAUUGACUGUUUUAAAUAUAAUAUUGCUAAACUUUGUGAUCUCAGAAGAUGUGGGUGAAACCUGUACAUCAAAUCAGUCAAUGGAAGGUGUUUGCAUGGAAGUUUCUAAAUGUGAAGCAGCCAUUGUAGCAAUAACAAACAAGAGAUUUCAUGAAUUUAAUAGAUGUGGUUUCAGUGGAUUUGAAGAAGUGGUAUGUUGUCCUCGGACUACAACAAAAUUUGGAGGAGAUGAUGCAAGGAUAACAACAGAAAGAAUAGCUGAUAGAGAAUGCCAAAAAAUCAAAGAUUCCAGCAUACCACCAUUAGAUUUACAUAUUUUGGGUGGUGAAACUGCAUCAUUGGGGGAAUUUCCACACAUGGUGGCCCUGGGAUACGACAGAGGGAAUGGAUAUGAGUUUGAUUGUGGAGGCUCAGUGCUGUCACAUACUUACGUCCUGAGUGCUGCACAUUGCGUGGAUACUUUAGAUAGGAUACAACCGUCAAUAAUUCGCGGAGGCGUUGUAGAAAUCGGUGGUAAGGAGUUCAAUCCAGACACAGAUGCCAGAAUAGCCGAAAUAAUAUUAAAUCCAAGAUAUAGUAGAAAAGAAAAAUAUCACGAUUUAGCUUUAUUAAGAUUAGAAACACCUUUGCAGUUCUCCAGUAACUUAAAUGCAGUUUGCUUGGAGACGAGUCAGGAAGAUCCUAAAAUACCCCUCACCAUCACCGGAUGGGGAAAAACUAGUAAUACAAGAGACACGAGAAGUAGCUUGCUAUUAAAAACGAAUGUAACUACUGUGGGUCGCAGUAAAUGUAACGAAUCUUACACCAAUUGGCGGAAACUGCCGUCGGGAAUAUCACCCGAACAGAUGUGUGCUGGGGAUCCCGAAGGCAUAAGAGACACGUGUCAGGGAGACUCAGGCGGGCCGCUACAGAGCUCGGGGCCGGAUGGGAUCAGCCGGUUGGUGGGUGUGACGUCAUUCGGUCGCGGCUGCGGAUCCUCCGUGCCCGGCGUCUACACGCGCGUCAGCCGCUACCUCGACUGGAUAGAAAGCCUUGUCUGGCCUAACGCUCAAUAAACACUCAACAUUUUUAUCACACUUCUAAUAGGGAUGACGACAUUUUUUACCAGUAUAUUAGUGUUCUUUUCUCAUAAUCUAAAUUUUUACGAUAAUGCUUUUGUUUUUUUUUUUACACAUAACGAUGACGUAGCGAGGUUCCACUCCUGACCUACCUAGUACAUUUAUUUUUUAUUUUUCGUUUACUAUUCUUUCAUUACCUAAUAACGGAGUAAAUAAUGAAGAUUUUCAAUUUUCAUACUCUGUCGUCGUCCCUAUUGACGUCGUCGUUGUAAGACAUUCUCAAACUAGUUACUUUCAAUUUAUUUAUCUAAAUAAAAUAAAAGACUGAAAAUAAUAAUGUUUUUAUUCACUGGGUGGCUGUGA